AACAGCUGACAAUUCUAUUGACAGUGACACUGACAGUUCAAAAUAAAAUAAGUAUCUAUGGCCUAAUGGCCUUAUACAAUUUAAGAUCAUUUUUCUACAUAAAUUUAUAGAAAAAGAAGACAAUAAAUUUCACCUGACUAUCUAUUUUGUCCACCAUGUACAGUAUAUCGUCUUACCUUCUGAAAUUGCCAAAGGAUUUGGCUACAUUGCGUCGAAUCACAUUGAUUACCGAGGCAUCCAAACCUUUGCUUGCUUCGAAUUCGUAUAAUUUGGUUCGUAACUAUCACGACUACAAGAAAAAUUAUAAUAAAGAAAAUCUGCGUCAAAAGUCAUAUAGAUAUUUAUGUUAUUCUUUGUUGUUUGGUGCCGCUACAUACACAUCCUAUAAACUCUGGAUACGCUUUCAAGUAUUUCCCUCAAUAACUGCCGCCGAGCAGCUAGUUGAAACCGACUCUGAAGAUGCGGAUACCAAAAAGAAAAGGUAUAGGAAGGAAAAAAUUGGUUUCAGAGAUAGAAAGAUAAUAGAAUACGAAAACCGCAUGCGCCAGUAUUCCACCCCGGACAAGGUAUUCCGUUACUUUGCCACCGUUCAGGCGACACACCACGAUCAACAUGAAGUGUUUAUGACUCCGGAUGAUUUCCUGAGGUCCAUGACGCCUGGUGUGAAACAGCCUGAUGGGUUGGGACUUGAUCAAUAUCGGAGAUACGAUCCUAAGAGCAUCAGCCAACGCUUGAACUUGGAUCUCGACGAGGAUUCGAUCUUCUACAAGCUGGGGUCGUCGGGUCUCAUCACCUUCAGUGACUACAUCUUUUUGCUGACUGUACUGUCAACAUCCCGCCGCCACUUCGAGAUCGCGUUCCGCAUGUUCGACCUCAACGGGGACGGUGACGUGGAUUGCGAGGAGUUCGAGAAAGUCGCUGCUUUGAUUCGACAACAGAGCAGCAUUGGAUCCAGACACAGGGAUCACGCCAACACUGGCAACACUUUCAAGGGUAUCAACUCUGCCCUCACGACAUACUUCUUUGGACCGAAGCUAAACGAGAAACUGACCAUCGAGAAAUUCCUCGACUUCCAACAUCAACUCCAAAAAGAGAUAUUAUCCCUUGAAUUCCAGAGAAAACAGCCAGAUGAAAAUGGACGCAUCACCGAAGCGGAUUUCGCCGAGUUACUGCUGGCGUACGCCGGCUACCCCGCUAAGAAGAAGGCCAGAAUGCUCAAACGCGUUAAAAAAGCUUUCCGCGACCACGGCGUGGGCAUCACCAAAGAAGACUACCUGUCGUUCUUCCACCUCCUCAACAACAUCAACGACGUGGACACGGCGCUGACGUUCUACCACAUCGCGGGCGCGUCCAUCGACCAGCCCACGCUCAGGCACGUGGCGCGCACGGUCGCCCACGUGGACUUAGAUGCGCAUGUCAUAAACGUGGUCUUCACUAUUUUUGAUGAAAAUAUGGACGGUCAACUCUCCAACCGCGAGUUCGUGGCGGUGAUGAAAAACCGCCUCCUCCGAGGCCUAGAGAAGCCCAAGGACACCGGCUUCGUCAAACUGAUGCACUCCCUCAUCAAGUGCGCUAGGGACACUAAACCCGCCAUAUUGGAUUUUUAAGGUUGUUAUUUCGACUUUUUCUAGGCUUGACGAACCUCGGCCUCUCACUAUCGACAUACUUUUUAUUAUUAAUUGACAACUUAGGCAGGAAAUUUUCUUUAUCGGACCGACUCGUUAUUUUUUGGGCCUCGACAAGCUUCGGCCGCCUAAGCUCCUCUUCAGGCGAUCCCUUACUUUGCCGACCUGAGGUAUUAUAACAACUAUAUUAAUACCGUUAUUAUUAAUUAACAACUACGUAAUACUACGUGUGACUAGAGCCAAAUGUAAAAAAAAAAACAAAUGUAGAUUGGCCGGCCAAAAUAAAUCAUAAGGGGUUACUACAUCUAUAUUUUCAGACACUUUUUGCUAGCUUAUUGCUAAGAACGACAAAGAAAUAACAUAUACCUUUCUCCGUCUCUUACCAAGAAGUGUCCGGCGACAGAAUACAUGUAAUAACCCCUAUUGUUCCUUCGUAUGCAGGUAAUCCGAUAUAUUAUAGAAAAUCUUAUUGACUAUUGCUCUUCUCAAAUUUUUACAUUAGUCGUCAGAACUUUUAUUAAAGUAUGUAUAUAAAUGUGUUAGAGUUGGAAAAGCCUAAAACAGCUGUAUCAAUUUUAUUAGUUAAUUAAACUAUGAUCUGCAAAGAAUCUAUCAAAUAUUAAAUAAUAAAGAAACUCAUUGUUUAUUGGCAACGAUAGAAAGCAAAUAAGAAAUGCCACGAAGUUUGGGUUGUGUUUAUCAAAAGCAAAGAGAAUUUGAGAUAGAGGUGGAUUGUCAAAGAAAAUUAUGUAGCCACAGUAAAUUUACUGUCAUCUUUCAACACACGAUUAAAACUUUUAGAACGCCCUUUGACUUCGAUGCUUAUUCUUUUACUGAUAUGUGUUAAAUUUGUUAAAUAUCAAAAAGUGGCGCCAUCCAAUCGGGCAUCGGCUAAAGGUUGUGGCGCCUUCGCUCGAAACGAUGCUGCCAUACCUUUGGCCUUUGAUCUAUUAGAUGGCGACACUUUUUGAUAUUUAACAAAUGUAAAACAUAUCAGGGAAAGAAUAAGGAUCAAAAUCAAAUGGCGUUCUAAAAGUUUUAAUCAUGUGUCGAAAGAUGGCAGUAUAUUUACUGUGACUACAAAAUGUUCUUUGGCAAUCCACCUCUAUUUCAAAUUCUCUUUGUCAAAAUGUACCUUAUGCAUUGACUAUGCAGUUGCCAUCAGGUGUUUUCAUAUGGAAACUUACAUGUAAGUAGUUCAUGAAAGCUAUUUUCUAUUUUUUUUUCUUCCAAUUCUUUCACUAUUGCUAUCCCAUCACAAUUUAAAAGUAACACCAUAAAUAUUUAAUGUUACCAUAGAUAACAUUACCACAGAUAACACAGAAAAACUAUGUUUUGUUCAUAGUAAAUGGGAUUGGAAUAGAAUUCUUUAGAUAACUAUUUUUUUUAAAUAUAUUUUACCUUUUCGACGCGGUGUUAAACACAAAAGGGGACGGAAUCGUCAAAACAGAAAUUGAACUUUAUGCAUAUGCACAUAGAUCUAUGUUGAUCUGUGGUCUGUGACGGAUUAAUCCGUCUUCGCCAUUGGACCUACGGUGCGGAUAUAUCCGUCAUUGUUGUCAAAAAGGUAAAACGGUUUUGCAUUUGACGUAAGAAUGGGCCUUUGGACCUUAGAAAAUUUAACCAACGGGAGUCGCCUUGAAGAGCUUAUUUAGCAAAAAUCGGCAAUUUUGUACAGAAAAUUACAGAAAAGGCGUCUUCGGAAUAGUAAAUGUUCAUUUCCAACUAUACCCUUCGUCUUUAAAACUUACGUCUUUUACUAAUUUUGGCUGCUCAAAUAGAAAUAUAUAAAUUAUUGUAACAUGUGUAUUGUAUAGGGUAUAUGAAAUAUAUUAAAACGGGUGACUCAGAAAUUUUAAGUCGAUAAUCGCCGCAGAUCUGCCAACGCGUGCUCCCGUUGAUGGUACCCGGUACGAAGUGAAACAUGUCGAGCGAUUUAUGACUUAAAUUACGUGAGUGACCCGUUUUAAUAUAUUUAAUAUGUAUCUGUCUCACGGAAGUUUUGUUAUGUAUAGGGUAAACUACGAAAUGAUUGGCCCUUUAAAGUAUUGGUUCCUGAUUUUACUGGAAAUUCAUCACUGCUGCGUUGAAAUAAGUCUGAACGGGGCAAUCAUUGGUGUAGUUUACCCUGCGGUCUAACCAUUGCUUGUAUCGUAGUCGUAGACAAAUUAAUUAUAAAGGUGUAUCUACACCGCAAUUAACAUUUGUGGAGCAACACAUUAACAUUAGGUAACUUACCUAGUUAUUUACUGUUGCAGUGUUGGUCCACAGUAGGGUAGUUGAAGGACUAGUCAAAUCGAUUAGCCACUAUGGAAUCUAUAUGAAAAACAGACCAAUGACGUCAUGGUCAAGUUACCAACUUUUUAUAGUUUUUUUUUUUUUUUGGGAUUAAAUAUACUAAAACGGGUCACUUAAGUCGGGUAUUUUAAGUCGAAAACGUACAACUUAAAAUACGUGAGUAUAUAAGUUAAAAAAAAAAGUUUAUUCCACACAAAACAGGACAUGAAUUGAUACAGAAUUCGUGUGACAUCGGGUGGGUGCAUAGCAUGGUUACAUAAUACAGAAUUUCCAGGGUUCCUGGCUAGGCCUGUACCGUGGGAGACCAAGAACGCAUUUGUAUGUCAUGUGUGUUUUAUUUUUAUAAUAUACAAGGUGUCCGCGAGGAAACGGAAAAAAAUUAACCACGUAUUCCUAAAGUCAUAAGAAGGAAAAUAUCUUAUGCAAAUUUAAGACAAUUCCGCCAAUUUUAUUUUUUGUUUUUUAUUUACUUUUUAUAUGCAUAACAAAAAUAUGUUUUUGGAAAAAUUAUGGUACAUAUUUUUUCGUAAAAACUAGUCUAUUCAAAGUGCAUUGUCACUAUGAUAUCAAUAAGGACGUCUAGGCUAGGUCCCAUAGUGGUGACAUCGCCAUCAAAAAGACGUUGUGCACUGAAACACAAUAAUAAAAUGUUUUUUUUUAUUGGUAUUAACACCGAAACUAGUUAACUUUUCCUGUGAAAAGAGUACAGUCAGCGAUAAAAACUUGUACUAUAAAUGAUUUUUUUGCCAAAAACUUAUUGAAGCGAAGUUGUGCAUGGAUUUCGUAAUAUGCGCAAAACGUUGGAGGAACAUGUACACAGCGUUGGACGAUAUUUUCAUAUAAAUAAAUAACUUUGGUUACCAUAUUUUAGUUUUUUGUAUUCAAAUUUGAAAUCGGAAAUCUGCCGCUGAACAUCCUGUAUUUCCGGUGUGUCUAAUGUAUCUCGUUUGUCUAUGCUUUUGUAUACAAUAUUAAGAAUAAUGUGGAAAUUGAAACGAUAACUUUGUUUUCAAUAUUGUAUAGUUAUUUUUAUGACGAUUUUAUUAUGUUAUUGAUAGAUAUGUUUAAAACAUUUUAUCUUAGUUAAUUUUAAGUGUUUAUUUUUAUGUAUAAAAUGCUCUCUGGUCAAUGUAAAUAAAUAAAUCACUGCCUUUUAUCACAGUGAAUACAAUAAAAAAAAAUGUAAUAAAAAUUAAAUCAUUUAAUUUUAUUUUCUUUUGCGCUGUUUUAGGAAUAAAUAUAUUAAAUGUUACAUUUAUCGUUAAUGUUUUUGUUUUUAAAAUGCUGCAUACAAGGUUUUGCAUUAUAACAGACUUUAUAGUACAUAUGAUGCUACUUUACCGCCCUAGUCCGAUAAUUAGCACUUUACGUGCCUAUGUCGCAAGUGUAAAGAGCCAUAUGUACUGUAAAACUUUAUACAACCUACUUUUCGCACUUGUAUCGUAAUUUACUAUUACGAUUGAUAUACAUGAUACAUUUAAUCAACAAUUAUAAAUAAAUAAUACUGUACAUAAUUAUAUGCUUAAUGUUAAUUUUUUACAAAUAUACCUAUUAAUUCUCAA